AUGUCAACUGUUACCAAGCACACUCGCUACACAGCUCAGUGCCGCGCUCGCUCUCGUCGAGGCAAGCACAAGUCCGUCCAGCUGAAGAGGUCCUCGCCGUACAUGCAGAGGGUCCGCUUCCGUCGUUACCUGCUCAACAAGGAGGUGCAGUCCAUGACGAAGAAGGAGCUCCUGAAGGCUAUCUUCGGCGACGAGGACGACGAUGAAGAUGACGAGGACGAAGGGGACACAAAGCCUUCGGCGGAGACACCGGGGGUGCUCGAUGACGAGGGCGAGCCCGAGAACGAGACUGAGAAUGAAGACGGCGUCGACGGCAAGGAAGCCGACGCUACUCUGGACAACCUCGCCCAAUACCUCAUUCCCGCGGACAUCCCCGUUCAGCCCCGCGGAACGUCCGAGAUCUCUACCGAGGACUCCCUUGAGGACUUUGAAGAGCUCCCCAGUCUGAGCACCGCCAACUGCUCUCAGGACGAGUACCAGACCGCUAAGGGUGCAUCACCAGCGAGCCCCACUCGCGAGAUUGGACACUACUCUCCUACCCUCGUUGCUUACGACAGCGGGGGAGACUCAAGGGAGGCGCACUUCAAGGUCUUCGAUUCUCAAGUCGCUGGGGACGUCAAGGACGUUAUCUCGGGUUCUAUCGUGGACACGGACGUGGAUAUGGAUAUUGACGUCGACGAGUACUUCGACAUCCUUCCUAGCACGCUUGUCCGGCACGUCGACUACUCCAACCUGAGUGUCUCCUCUUUGGACGCAGAGUAUUCUGCGUUCCCCGCUCCUCUUCAUCUCGCCCAGUACGGCCCCGGCACCCCAAGCGUCGUCUCUAGCUCAUCAGUUGAAGACAUGGUCGUCGAUGAGCCAUGCGUGUCCUUUGCCUUUGGAUCCGCUACAGAGGUAGUUCCUCCUCGCGGCAUCAAGCGUCCUUACUGGCUCGUUGAAGACGAAGUGACAGGGACUCCUUCAAAGCGCCGACGUAUCAGCUGUAGCGAUAGAAAGCCCAGGACUCGCAUGGACAGACCGCGCAUCCAGAAGCUCGUUCCUGUUGCUCCUCGUCACUACUCGGCGUUUGGUUCGCUUCCUACCACCAAGUCCUUUACGAUCAAUGCUCCUGCGCCCUCUCUAUCAAACCCUUCAGUCGCCCCUUCUUCGGAUGCACCGACGCUCGCUUCGUCCAUCGCGCUGCUUACAGCCCAGCUAGGCAGACUCACGAUUGUUGAUGCAUCCGAGCUCGCACAUGCAUCGACGUCCGCACCAUCCAUUUCUAAGCCAUUGGAUGCACCGGCUGUGGCAAUCUCCGACACCUUCGAGAACAUCCCCGCGUUCCUUUGCGCUGGUGAGCCAGCAAAGUGCAUGCACGUGCACUCCUAUGGUGUUCAGGGUGCCCUUACCCAGCUGAAGGCCAGCCACGAAGACGUGAAAAUCGCCGAGGGUCCUCGUCCCGCUCAUCACGCAUCGGGCAACGACGGUGGCGUUAACAAGAAGCAUCUCGACGUCGAUUUCGCCAUGGAUGCCAGUGAUCUGCCGAGGAAACCCUCCCGCCCUUUCGCAAGCUCAGAAAAGACGACAGAUCCGCGACUUCGCCUCCCCGGUUACGCUCGGCGGAGCCCGUGCACAACUACGAGCGCAAGUUCCGGGGUCCAACAAGGGACUCAGAGUGCUGCGAGUGGGAAACUACCAUCCGCCACGCCGUUGCCUCGCCCGCCGGUCGUUCCUUUCUCUGACGCCUUCGCGAACGUUCCCCCUAUGCUUCGCUCUGGCGAACUGGUCAAGCCGUUGAAAGGGCUUGCUCAUACCGUUCAGCGAGCUGUUGCACAUCUCAAGGCCUGUCGUGCGGCGAAGGAGAACGUCAAUGUCGAAUCUGUUGUGGGCAAUAUGACGACGAGGAGGUUUGAAUACGCAAGGAAGACGUGAGGAUGGGAUUCUGGGAAGGUGAGAGCGAGCAUGAGGAUGAGGGAGGGGAGAUGAGGGAGGAAGCGGAGAGCUGGCGUGGAGGCGAAGACGAGACGGAGAGGAGGGUGAAGAGAAGAGGAUGAUGAUAGAGGAAGAGGAGACAGAAGGCGACGAGGAACAUGGAGGGCACAUGGAUGAAAGCCGAGCUCUAGCUCUCAACCAGGCCCGAUACGGGCUCCAAUUCCGACGACUCCGUCUUCUGCGAACACUAUGACGGUGAGGAAAAGCUUACAAAAAGCUGAAAAUGCGCCAAACACGACAAAAACACGACAAACACGACAAAACCGGUGACACACUAUUUCUCGACGAUACUGCAGCUUAUACCCCAUCCGAUACCCCUUACGAUAAUUCGAUACCCCAACGAUACCCCGCAGCACGACAUCGAUACCCAUCGACUACUAUCUCUAUGCCCACGCAGGCACUCCCACUUCCGUCGACUCCUUCGACCACCGGUCUUUCUCUCGCUGCAUAUAUUCUCUCAUUCCGACUGUACCACUGCACGACGGCACGAUACCCACUUGGCUACCACUCCUUUAGCGCCACACACGAGCGCCUGCAUCACGACCAUAUACCCGGAAAUCGAGACAAGACGCACUUCGUUUUCGCCAUAUCUAUCAGCGCCGACCGUAUGAUACCCCUACAGGACAACGAUAUCUGCUCAGCUAUCACUCUUUUGGCGACACGUUCAUUUCUAGCAUGACGGUACAGCGAUACCAGGACACGAUCUUUGCUCAAUCACCGCUCCUUUCACCAUAAUUGCUCCUCCGUAGCGCGAUACGAGAACACCUUAAUUGCUAUUCCUUGAAGACGCGAACGCGCAAAACCUCUCCUGGACCUCUAGUACGAUAUCCGCCGGCCACCGCUCCUUUAUUAGCAUUGUCCCCAUGAGACACGACAUGACAUCUAGCUGACCACUGCACUUCUGCGACUACACGAGGAUCCCUCAGCUGCUCCUUGGAUCCUUGACCUGUACUCACCUGACGAUUACUCACUCGCUGAUGCACGAUCCCGACAUUAAGCACUUGACGAUACUCACCCGACCCCUACUCACCCGACGAUUACUCACUCAGCUAUUACUCACUCGAAGACUACUCACUUGACGGCUACUCACUUGACGACUACUCACCCGACAUUGCUCACCCGACAACUGCUUACUUGACGCCUACUCUCGUGAUGCCUACUCACUUGACGCCUACUCACCUGAUGCCUACUCACCCGAUGCCUACUCGCCCGAAUACUCGCUCAACAAAUACUCGCUCGACAAUUACUCAUCCGACAACUGCUCACUUGACACCUAUGUACUCACCUUACGGCUACUCAACACUCAACAAU